AUGGCCAUUGGUUGUGUGGGGGGGAGGGGAGAAAAGAGGCGCCUGGGUCGAGUCGGGCCUAGGCCGAGCGGCUUCUCGCAGUAUCAGAGCGUGAAAGAGGCCCGCCUCCACCGCAACAUCUUUCUGAUCGGCCCGCCUUUCAAUCUUCCCAGAGCCGGAGGACGUUCCCGGAGCCUCACGUCCAACCCUGAAGCACAGGCCUCGGUUAUCAGAGCAGGGCCCUGGUUGCCAUGGCGCCGCCCGCUUCGCAGCCUCCCACCUCCCCGUUCCUGCCCCGGAAGGGUUUGCCGCAGGCCGAGAGGCAUGCUGGGGGUUGUAGUUUCCACCUGCGUGGUGGCCGAGGCAAAUCCUGAGGAGAGGAACUCCAUUCCCCGGAGAACACCGCGGCGGCCAUGGCCCAACGGACGGACAGGUACAGGUGAGAGAGGGAGAGAGCGAAGGAGAGGCAACCAACCUGACCAGAGAGACAGCUACAACUUGAACACAGAAAACAGGCCCAGAGCUUUCACAUUCUUCAAAGCAAAUAUAAGACUGGCUUGCUCUCUCUUCCAACAUUUUCAUCACUCCUUUCAACACCAUUGGACAUCCCAAAGUACUAUACAGCCCACGAAGUCCUCUCUGUGUCUGAAACUGAAGAUGAUUGAUGAGAAGAAACCAGCUCCCAAGAAGGGAGUUAAGAAAGUCUUAAAGAAACUGGCACGCAAAGGGCGGCAAGAAGCAGUUAAGGUCGAGGAAGGAGAGUUACUCCAUCUACAUUACAAAGUGAUGAAGCAGGUUCACCCUGAGACCGGCAUCUCCUCCAAGGCCAUGAGCAUCAUGAACUCGUUUGUGAAUGAUAUUUUUGAGUGCAUCGUGGGUGAGGCUUCCCCCCCGGCCCAUUACAACAAGCGCAGCACCAUCAGCUCCCGGGAGAUCCCGACCGCCGUGUGCCUGCUACUGCCCAGGGAAUUGGCCAAGCACGACGUGUCGGAAGGGACAAAAGGCGGUGACCAAGUACACCAGCUCCAAGUAAAACUCUGCAAAUGACAAAAAAAAACAUUCAAAGUGUAGCUACUGUUGUAGGCAACCAAUUUAUGCACAACAUGACCCUCCCAACAGCAGUGUGGUACGGACCAGAUAAUCUGUUUUUGUGAUAUUGCAUGAAGCAUAAAUGUUGGUGAGAGUG